AUGGCUCAAAUCAAGGGCCUGAGUGCUCAGGAUCUUCCUCCUGGGCCCAUUAGGGACUGCUACAACAAAUACUCUGCCAUUGAUAAGGUGGACAACGAUCUCGGCGUUAUCGAUCUACAGCAGCUUGACCCCGACCAAUUGCCACGCGGAGUGAUAAUCGCGCAGCACCUAUCCAGCCAAGAACUACGAUUGGCCUUUGAUGAUUUCAUUCAGGGAUGCCAUGCACUGGCGGAAGAGGAUGCUCCCAUGACGGAGAACAUCCCAGUCUACAGCCAUAAUUCGAUCUCCGGUCUACUGAUGAUCCCUGCUCUAUUUCCAACCACGGUCCAGGCUGAACUUCUUUCCCGCAUGUUCCAUCGAGACUUGUCCAGUCCCGAGUAUCAGACCAACAUACAUCUUCACUACGAUGUGACCUACCCCGAAAAUGAAGAAACCCAUGCUCCCAAGUCGUUCUUUGGAGAUGACUCCACUCGUAUAUUUGAAUCGAAGGACCCUCAGCUGCACGAGCCACUGGAUGUCCAGAGCUUCUUGGAGAAGAGACUACGGUGGAUUGCCCUUGGAAUACAACACGAGGGGACCGCCAAUAUGGUCUCCGGGGAGAUUCCGUCGAUUCCAGGGGAUAUAGCGAAACUAAUGAGCGCAAUCUUCCCGGAUAGAUCAGCCCACGCAGCCAUCGUGGAUAUCCAUUCGACCAGAGAUACCCAACCCAUCCACCUCCACCGAGAUGUGGGCAAGGACAGCGAUACAGGACUGAUGAGUGUGAGCUUUGGCUGCGAUGGGCUGUUCCUGGUCAGUCAUGAUGAUGGGAAUGGCUGCGAGGUACUUCGGCUUCGAUCGGGAGACACGGUGUACAUGAAUGGUGUGUCGCGCUUCGCCUGGCAUGGAGUACCGAAGAUCCUGCCUUCGAGCUGCCCUGCAUGGCUGGCCAACUGGCCGUCGCUUGGAGAGAAUUUCCCGGGAAUGCCCCCGGGUCCUUAUCAAAUGUGGGAAGGCUGGAUGUCCAGCAAGCGGAUCACCCUAAAUGUUCAGCAGAGGCCAACUUCCCAUAUUCCCAAGGACAGUGCAAAGAAUGUCUAA